AUGAUACAAAAUAGGAGAAAAUCAAGGUGGAAGCUUAAAUUUCAUCAUCAGGCGUUACCUCCGGAAUAUCUCAGACACUACAAACAACAAGAAAGAAAAAGAAUAAUAAAACAAACGGAAACAAAUAAAAACAAUAAUAAUAAUAAUAAAAUUAAUAAAAGUGAAAAUAAAAAAACAAGAAAAGAGUGUAAUAAAAAUAAUAAUAAUAAUAAUGAUACGGUGAAAUAUCGGGAAGUGACGGCCGUUUUAAAUAUGGAUAAUGUUAUCAAGAGAGAAGAAGAAGAAGGAAAAGAAAAAGAAAAAGAAGAAAAAGACGUGGAAAGACUGAAAAAAUCAACAACAAUCACGUCCGUCGUUAAUUGUUUUAAUGAUAAUAAUAAUAAGAAAUCACCAUCACCGGAAGUGUUGAUACAAUCUCGCGUGUCACCGGAAACGAUAUUUCGAACAACUUUAUCCGGUAUACCGAAUUUAAACGUGGACGUGUCACAGAAUAAAGUUUUCUUGGAAAAUUUACUAACGAAUCAAAUCGAAAUAAAUAGAGUGGAUGAAAAAGAGAAAAAAUAUACGACCGUUAAAAAUUCUCUAACGCAAUUUAACAAAUUGAAAAGUGUUAAAACGGAAGAAAGGCAAAAAUCAUAUUCAAUACCAUCUAGCGGUAAAAUAAUGAAUUAUUCGGAUUUACCCUAUAUGGGUGAAAUCACCCUGGAUGGUAUUAAACCGAGAAGGGGUAGAAAACCUAAAAAAGCGGAUAUAUGUCAUUUGAUAUAUAAAAAUUACGGUCAAGUUUUUCCGGGUGCACCGGAAAAACAAAACGUUACGGAAAUGGUUGACGAAACGUUGUUGAAAAAAGAAAUAAAAUGGCGACCGGAUAUAAAUAAAUGUCAUUUAACUUCUAGUCAUAAUAAAACCAAAGGAUCUUUUGAUAACGGAGUAGGAGCGAGUUCCGAAAAUGUUUUGCCAACCGUAUCCGGUUUAAUUAAUCACGCGGAAGUUCAAAAUCGUAUAAUUAAUUCUUUGUUAGAAAAGAGACUGACUCAGGGGUUAAAAAUAAAAAAAAAUUAUCUUGCCAAAGAAGAUGGAGGAGAUGGUGGAGAAGGAGGGAUUGAUAAAGAUGAUAAAAUAAAUUUGGAAAAUGAAGAACCGUUAAAUUUAUGCAUAAGAGAUUUGGAAUCGUUGAAAAUUAAAUUGUCGAGAAAACAUGGCAACAUUUACGAAACGAAACAUCAAAAAGAAACGGAAACGAGAUUUAUUAUAAAAACGGAAAUUGAUGAUGAUCCUAAUCCGGAUGUUAUAAUACAAACAACAACGGAUAAAAGCGAUUCGGAUAUAGAAACGACGGAUGAAAACGAAGAAGAAGAAGAAGGAGAUGAUGAUGGCGAUGGCGAUGGUGAUGGUGAAGAUGAUGAAGAAGAAGAUGAUUUGGCACCGUUUAAUUUGGUCACGACAGAAUUAAGAGAGUCAUCAGAUGACGACACAUUUUUAAGUCUGGAUGAUCAAAUGAGUCUAACGAAAAAAUCAGAAAUGAAAACAAAAUUUGAAAAACAAAAUUCGACUGAGGAUUCUAGUCCGAUUUUAUUAUGGCCGGGUAGUAAUUUUUUCCUUCCUAACGUGUCGCCAUCUUUAUUGUGUAAUAGAAAAAUUGAUGACGUUGCAUCAUCAUCGAAUUCCAUUAAAAUCGAUACGUGUUCGUCGUCGUCGUCAUCUUUGAAUCGGGAACAAAAUCGUAAAAAUUCUAAAAGUAAAGUUGAAGGACACAGAACUCAAUUAAAAAGAAUGUCAUCGACGAGUAAUGGUGGUAAUGGUGGCAGUGGUGGUGGUGGUGCCGGUGGUGGUAACGGUUCAAAAUCAUCAAACGUUUUAACAAAAAGAAAACGUUCGGCAAUAUUCAUUCCACCAGUACCUUCGGAAAGUACGACUAAUCCCACGACGGAAGUUAGCAUAUGCAAAUUUAAAUUUACCGGUGGUGCGAAACCUUCUUUGCAAGAAAAAAAAAUGUUGAGCGUUGAUUCCGGUGGUAAUUUCCGGUAUUAUUCAGGUACGGGAGAUAAAUCAAUGAGAGGCUACGAAUAUUUUCCCAGGGAAAGUUUACAACAGUGUCAGGAAAAUACAGGAUGUUCACCAUCGGGAGUUUUUUUAACGGCAUCAGCAUUGGGAAGCGGUGAAAAAAUCCCGGAAGAAAUCGGUCAUUCGGGAUUUUUCGAUCCCGAUUUUCCGAUACAGGUAUCAAUACCUAAACAAUCAUCGGAACAAAAAACAAAAUUAAAAAUAAAAUCUAAAAAAUACGGAUUGGAAAGGAGGGGAUCGGAUGUGACGACGACGACGACGACGACGGCAACGACGCCGCCUUAUCGAACUUUAAGAGAGCAUUUAUUGGCGCCAAAAUGCGAAUCAGCGGAAGUGACCAUGUUUCCGGAAGACAUAACCAGAGAUGAUGGUAAUUCAUCGGAUCAAUCCGGCGGUGAAGGUUUCGAUUUUAGAAAUUUACCACAAAGUUAUUUUGAUAAUUUUAAAAUUCACGAUGAUACAACCGGAAGUAUGACGUCAAAAAUUGACGAAAAUUUAAAUAGAAAUAAAAAAUUUCGUAAAACGAGAAAAUCGUUGGCGAGAGAAAAACUCGAACAAACUUUUAAAGAAAAAGGUUUUCUCAUACAAACGCAACAACUUGAAUCCGCCGAGGGUGCAACUUAUUGUAAGUUCAGACAAUUGAGAAAAUUCACGAGGUACCUGUUCAGAAGUUGGAAAGAUUAUUUACCCGGAAAUGUAAGAAAUCUUAGCGUCGAUGCCGGAGUCGAUAAUAGAGACAUGAUACUCGAUAUACCGGAAACGAGUGUUAGAAUCGAUUCGACGGAUCCGGAAACGGAUGAUAAAUUAAAAUAA